AUGUGCGACCCUGACUUUAGGAGACACCGCCACACUGAUGAAAGGGAUGCAUCUUCGUCACCGGUGAUUGAGCAAGCCACGGUGUUGAAGUCCUCAUUAGGCACGGGAGAUGACUUGAUGUGCAAUGGAGAGCAGCAGUUUCUCCUACAGACAGCGCGAGCGUGGACAGAGGGUCCACAUGAACGUACGCUUGUCAGGCUUCUCCUGGACGGUGGCAGCCAGCGAACCUUCAUUCAUCGCAAGCUAUCCGAAAAGCUGCAGUUAAAAGUGCUGGGAGAAGAGGAACUUAAAAUAUUUGCCUUUGGUGAGACAUCAGCCACCACACGCACAAAAACGCGUCGAGUGGAGCUGUGGCUCAGAAGCCAGUACGACGGAAAAGGGGUGCGAGUGGAAGCGCUGGAGGUUCCUUGCAUCUGUGCAGAUAUCAUGGCUGCUCCAUCAAAUUCUGUUCUGCUUCAACUUUCAAAAUUUCACUUCCAAGUCGCAGACGCAUCGCGGGGCGACGAAAGCGAAAAUAUUGACCUUUUGAUUGGCGCUGAUCAUUACUGGGAAAUUGUCACGGGAUCCACUAAGCGUCUCAGCUCCAAAUUGAUGGCAGUGGAGACUGUAUUCGGAUGGACAGUCCAGGGCCAGGUCGGCACAAGGAAGUCAACAGGAGUCUGCUCCUCGGCUGCUGGCGUGAUGCGGAUAGGAGUGAGUGAACAAAUUGACAAGGAAAUAUCAGCACAGCUAAAGUCUUUCUGGGAGCUCGAGCACGUCGGUAUCAAGGAACAUGAGCCAGUUCGUCACGAGGACGCAGUCCUUCAGCACUAUAAAGAAACCGUCAACUUUGAGAAUGGCCGCUAUAAGGUGUCGUUCCCUUGGAAUUCGAUGGUUUACGAGCUUGGCGACAACUACGAGUGCGCAGCAGGGCGUCUUAAAGCACAGACAAAGCGCCUCUUGGAAGGAGGUUCGUUGAUUAGGGAAUACGACGCCUGCAUAAGAGACUACAUAGAAAAGGGCUAUGCAGAGCCAGCCAGCAAGGACUGCGGCACGUCGGAAGGUCCGGUGUACUAUAUGCCACAUCAAGCAGUUGUUCGUCGCGAAAGCCAGACGACAAAACUGAGGGUAGUAUUUGAUGCAUCAUCUAGUGCCAAAAAUCGCCUCUCACUGAACAAUGUUUUGGAAAGUGGCCCAAACCUAAACCCAGAGCUCAUUGAUCUGCUGAUCAAUUUCCGCACUUACAACAUUGCCAUCGUUGCGGAUAUUGAAAAGGCCUUUCUCCAAAUAUCACUAUCAGAGGGCGAUCGGAACGCUGUGCAGUUUCUCUGGUACGCUAUGACGCCAAAGAAAGGGGAAGAGCUUCCAGCUGUGGUGACCUAUCGCAUGACUCGCGUGCCGUUCGGUGUCACGUCGAGCCCAUUUCUCUUGGCCGCAACGUUGCAACAUCAUCUUGAAGGCCUGCCGGAACGGUAUGCUGAAACUGCAGGUAUUCUGCGCAAGCAUCUUUACGUGGACGACCUUGUAACUGGGGUUGACAGCCUUGACAAGGGUAAAGUCUUGUGCCAGGAAUCCAAGGAUAUAUUGUCUCAAGCAGGGAUGCGGCUACACAAGUGGAUGUCGAACGACCGCGAUCUCGUCAACUUCUUAGAGAAUGGCAAUGUGGAGAGAACGAACGCUGAUGCUGGACAUGCUGCAGCUACAAAGGUAUUGGGAGUAGGUUGGAAUGCUCAGACUGACCACUUUGAAUACAACCUAACUUCACUCAUCGACUUCCUCUCCGCAAGAGCCGACAACAAGAGAUUUGUGCUGCAGGUCUCGGCAAGAAUUUUCGACCCUUUUGGAUUUAUUGCUCCCACAACAUUAUGCGUAAAGGUAAUGUUCCAGAAGUUGUGGGAGUUGGGAAUUGGUUGGGACGAUCCCUUGCCUGAGACAUUGCAGCCUGAGUGGGACUGCUGGUGUAGGGAGCUUCCAUGCAUUGAAGGAGUCUGUAUUCCAAGACUGAUAGCGGCAGACUUUAGAAACGAUGAUACGGAGAAAGUGGUGCAUGUUUUCUGUGACGCAAGCCCGAAGGCCUAUGGUGCUGUCGCAUAUAUCGUGACCAAGUCUCCGUUCGGACUAACAAAUGUCAGCUUGGUCAUGGCUAAAUCAAGAGUGGCCCCUUUGAAACGCCUCUCGCUGCCCCGAUUGGAGCUGAUGGGAGCCCUUGUUGGCGCGCGACUAUGCCACUACGUUACCAAGGCCUUGGAUCUGAAGAACGUUGCUACCAUCCUCUGGACUGACUCUACAGUAGCUAUGUACUGGAUCAAGGGAAACGCUGCCAGAUGGAAGCCCUUCGUGGCAAAUCGAGUCUCAGAGUUACAAGCGCUGACAGAUCCCAGGGAUUGGAGACACUGCCCAGGCUCAGACAACCCCGCUGACCUAAUCACCCGCGGCAUUCUCCCAUCGGCCCUGCGGGAAAGCGAACUGUGGUGGAAAGGACCCCGAUGGCUUCGGGAGGAUGACACGUGUUGGCCAAUGAUAAUCCGGUCCUUCCUACACCAAUGUUACACGCCGGGGGUCAGUGCCACACCUUGCGGUGGCCGCCCGAGUCACACGGAGAGUGACAGCGGUCAUGCCAUCAACCCUACCCCCGAUCCGGCAGGAGAAGCAAGCGCUGCUCCGCCACCAGCCAAGAAAGGCCAGCAGACCUCCGGGCCUGACGGUCCCAGGGCCCGUACAGACAGGCCCGAAAAACCUCCGAGUGUGCCAGCCGAGCGGGCGUCAUCCACCGCCUCGGAAGAGCCGCUGGAUGCAACCAGUACAACUCUGACGUUUGAGACGUCGCAGGAACGGCGUAGAUCCGUGGAGAACGCCGAGAAAAAAGAAAAAUCCCGUGUGGUCUCGUGA